AUGUCGUUUUUAGGCGGUUCCGAGUGCUCUACAGCAGGGAAUCCGCUUACACAGUUCACAAAACAUGUCCAAGAUGACAAGUCCCUCCAGCGGGAUAGGCUGGCGGGUGCUGGUCCCGGCCGUCAGGAGACGAUGCGGUCAAGGGGGAUGAUGGGAGGACAAGAUCAUAUGAUGGACGAGUUCCUCCAACAAAACGAUCAGAUGCAGCAAGGACCAGCACAACCUUUCGCCAUGGAGCAGAUGCGUAGAGAGCUUGAGAACUUCCACCCCUCACCUCAGAGAGCGGGAUCGCCCGCAUGGGCAGCAGAAUUCAAUCCGGGCGAUCAAGCUCGUAUGGAAGCUGCUUUUCAGUCACCGGCCCCCGGAAUGAUGAAGGGCAACAACACCUUUCAGGCAUCAGAGUUCGCACGAUUUCAACAGAGCAGGCCGGGAGCGGUUCCAGCAGCAGCGAAUCCGAUGAUGUCACAGUAUCAGGGGCCAAUGGCUAGAGGAUAUGGCAUGGGGAUGGGUCAAAUGGGCAUGAUGGGUCCUGGAUAUAUGCCUAUGUCAAUGCAACAGCAGCCUCAACAACCAGCAGAACAACAAGACGUCAAGGGCAAAGGAAGGAUGAUUGAACUCGAUGAUCAAAACUGGGAAGCCCAGUUUGCUGAGAUAGAUGCUUCAGGACAAGCACACCUGGAUGACGAGGCGAAUGCUGCCAUGGAGAAAGAACUUGAUGAUUUGGAUAGGUCAGUUCCCGCAGAAGCGCACGAUUUCGCUGAUUUUGAGAAUGUAUGGAGAGGAAUCCAAGCUGAAACCGCUGCAACUAGACAACUGGUGAACGAAGACGAGAAGAUCGAGAACAUGGCGAUGGGCGAUUUUAGCGAGUGGGAGAAUUUUGAUAGUGGUUUGAACACCCAUAACUACAGGGACCCGCAACUUGGCGAUUAUCUUUUUGAAGAGGAGAACGCAUUCCGGGCGGUCGGGAACCCGUUUGAAGAAGGAGUACGAAUCCUGGAAGAAGGCGGAAACCUGUCACUAGCUGCCCUGGCGUUCGAAGCCGCUGUUCAGAAAGAUCCGUCGCAUGUCCAGGCAUGGACUUUGCUAGGCUCUGCACAGGCUCAGAACGAGAAAGAAAGCCCGGCUAUUAGGGCGUUGGAACAAGCAUUGAAGCUGGAUCCUAACAACCUCGAUGCUCUCAUGGGCCUAGCAGUGUCCUACACUAACGAAGGUUACGACUCGACCGCCUACCGAACGCUGGAGAGGUGGUUGUCCGUUAAAUAUCCACAGGUCAUCGACCCCAAGGAAAUUGGCACAGAAACCGAGAUGGGCUUUACUGAUAGACACAUGCUACAUGAAAAGGUAACGGAACUUUUCAUCAAGGCUGCCCAACUCUCACCGCAUGGCGAGCACAUGGACCCCGACGUACAAGUUGGAUUGGGUGUGUUGUUCUACGGUGCAGAGGAAUACGACAAGGCAGUAGACUGCUUUUCGUCUGCCUUGGCCUCGACAGAGUCAGGCAGCUCGAACCAAAAGGGACAGAUACAUCUGCUCUGGAACCGACUCGGUGCUACCCUUGCCAACUCCGGACGGUCCGAAGAAGCCAUCGAGGCCUACGAGAAAGCCCUUAACAUCAACCCCAACUUUGUCCGCGCCCGCUACAACCUAGGUGUGUCCUGUAUCAACAUCGGCUGUUACCCUGAGGCAGCUCAACACCUCCUUGGAGCCCUAUCAAUGCACAAGGUGGUUGAGCAAGAAGGCCGUGAACGAGCAAGGGAGAUCGUCGAGGGUGUCGACGGUAUCGAUGACGCCGAACUCGAACGCAUGAUCCAUGUAAGCCAGAACCAGAGCACGAACCUAUAUGAUACCUUGCGGCGAGUGUUUAGCCAGAUGGGCCGUCGGGAUCUCAGUGACAUGGUCGUCAGCGGAAUGGACGUUUCGGUAUUUAAAAAGGAAUUUGAAUUCUAA